AUGCCUAUCGAUUUUCAUCUUUCGCCCGCAGAGGAAGGCAUCAGGAAGGCCGCUGCUGGCUUUGCUGCUGGCCCUCUCAAAGAUGCCAAGAAGACUUACAUGAAGUAUCAGGAGCAUUCUGAGCGAUUUCAAUCAACGAAACCCAUCUAUAGUCAAGCCGUGGCCGGCGGCCUGAUCAAAGGUCAGAUACCGCCUCACCUAGGCGGUGCUGGUGGCACCUUGACAGAAGCUGCAAUAUUGGUCGAGGAGAUGUACGCUGUUGAGCCCGCUGCAUCCCUGACGAUUUUUUCCACUGGUCUAGGCCUGAUCCCUAUGAAUCUUGCGUCGAAGCCUGAGCAUAAGGAAUUCAUUGGUCCAUUUCUCAGCGGCCAGGGCGAGCCGCUAGCGAGCCUUGUAUUUUCAGAGCCGGGCGGUGUUGCAAAUUUUCUUGAGAAGGGAGCUCCAGGACUAGGCACAACUGCGACGCUUGAGGGAGAUGAAUGGGUACUCAAUGGAGACAAGAUAUGGGCUACCAACAGCGCAGGUUGGGAUUUCAAAGGCCCAGAUCUCUCAUGUGUAGUCUGUCGAACCACCAAUCCCGCCACUGACGAGGCCGCCGACGCGGUCAUGAUACUCCUCGUAACGAGAGCCGACAUCGAACGCAACACUCCAGACGCAUUCAAAGUCGUGCGACACAUCUCUACUGCAGGCCAUACCGCCUGCUCAGGCCCACACAUCAGAUACACCAACCUCAGACUGCCCUCCAAAAAUCUCCUCUGUCCACCUGGCACCGCUGCGCCAAUUGUCUCAGCAGCGUUCGACAUGACUGCCGUGCUAGUCGGCGCUAUGAGCGUGGGCGUCAUGCGCGCCGCUUUCGAUGCUGCUCUGGCCUUUGCGAAAGGCGAUAACCGCCGCGGAGCUUCCGAGCUGCUGACUAGACAAGCUGUAGCAGACUUACUGAGCGGUAUCAAGAUGCAGGCGGAAGCUUGCAGAGCGCUGACAUGGAAAGCUGCUCAUUCUCUGCAGAAUGGACCUGGCGAUUAUAACGCUAGACGGGAGCUGGCUCUGGCGGCAAAGAUCUAUUGCUCGGAUGCUUGCACUAAGGCUGUCACUGAUGCUAUUAAUGUGGUUGGGAUAACGGCAUACGACGCAGAUCAACCCUUUGCGGAUCUUUUGAACACUGCUAUGGUAUUGCCAAUCUUUGAUGGAGGAAAUGUGGGCAUCAGACGUCGACAUAUGCAAGAAUUGAUGCUGUCAAAGGAUUAUGAUCCUUGGGCAUCAACAUACGGUCCUACAGAGUAA